AUGGCCGAUAAUUCUGACCGCGCUGCGACAUCAGAAGUGGGAUCUGAAUCAGGAUCUGGAUCAGGAUCUGGAUCUGGAUCUGGUGGAAGUGAAGUGAAGUGGGAGUCGCUAUUGGAACAACAAAAUAGGAACUUUUUGGCUCUUCUACAAGCUCUGCGGCCACCGUCGAAUCAGGUCAGUGUAGAAUUGCCAGAGUUUGAUCCGGAUACAGAGAACGCUGAUGCACAAGCUUGGAUCUCGACGGCAGAUAUGUGCAUUUCGGACAAAUCAAUGAGUGGUGCUCCCUUGAUAAUUUUGCUUAGUAAAGCUUUAAGGGGUCAAGCAUCCUCUUGGCUAUCAAAAGUGACAUACCCGGAGAUGACGUGGUCGGAAUUUAAAGACAUUUUUGCGUCAAGAUAUCAUUGUCCCGAAACAACAGCGACUGUUUUUCUAAAUUUCCAAAACAGUAAGCCAAAGGAUGAUGAAUGUCUUGCAUCGUAUGCAGCUCGCCAAAUGACGUCGCUAAUGACUAGGUGUUCGAAUCUGACAAGAGAAGAAAUUCUAGCGAGUGCAGUUCUUGCACAUAUCGCAUCAUUCGAACCCAGGACUCGUCGACUUGCGAUUACCUCCGACAUCGACACAAGAGCUAAACUGCUAAAAGAACUGACCGUUUUUUCUUAUAUGAAAAGGAAAUCAACGACGAACGACCUCGACCACAACCCCAAUAAAAAGCCUAAAUUACCAAUGGCUUCAACAAUAUGUUGCAAUUGUGGGAAAUUGGGUCAUAAAUCGGACAAGUGUCGGAGCUCAAGAAAUAAUGAGAACCAGAUGUCGAGACCCAGUACCUCGAGGGGACACCCAUCAUUCAAUGGACCAAAUUCGACGAAGCCAUCGAUUGCCUGUUUCAAGUGUGGACGACAAGGACACUUUGCGUCACGUUGUACUGUACCCAACCACUUAGGCGCCAGUCCGCAAUCGAAGGGAUCAACCGAGGACCAUCCAUCGAGGAAAUCCAGAGCAACACAUAGAUGCAACACAACAAGAAGAAUCUACGAGAAUCCAACUGAGUUAAGUCCAUCGUGGAGAAACCAGACUGAUCAUCUAAAUUCAGAAGAAAAAAAAGAAAUCAUCAAACACUGCACAAAAUAUAAAGACGUCUUCUUUAAACCAGAUGAUAGUCUAACCUUCAGUAAUCAAAUUACACACAGGAUUCGUACUACAGACGAAAUACCUGUUUUUACUAAAACAUACAGAUACCCCUUCGUACAUCGCGAGGAGGUAAAGAAUCAAAUUAACAAUAUGUUAGAACAGGGCAUAAUCCGUCCUAGCCACUCUCCUUGGUCCGCCCCUAUUUGGGUAGUACCUAAAAAAUCAGACGCUUCCGGAAAGAAAAAAUGGCGAAUAGUUGUGGAUUAUCGCAAAUUAAAUGAAAAAACAAUAGAUGAUAAAUAUCCAAUACCAAACAUAAAUGAUGUCCUGGACAAACUAGGACGUUGCAAUUAUUUCUCCACUCUAGAUUUAGCCAGCGGUUUCCAUCAAAUCGAAAUGCACCCCGACGAUAUACAAAAAACGGCUUUUAAUACCGAAAACGGCCAUUACGAAUACGUCCGCAUGCUUUUCGGUCUAAAGAACGCCCCGGCGACUUUCCAAAGAGUUGUAACAGAGCUAGAAAACCGUUAA